GGCAAUUACGGUAUGAUGGAUCAAGUGAUGGCCAUGAAAUGGGUUCGUGAGAACAUACGAGGCUUCAACGGCGAUCCCGGACUCGUGACCAUCAUGGGGGAGAGUGCUGGUGCCGCUAGUGUCGGUCUGCACCUUCUAUCAGAGCAGUCUCAGGAUCUAUUUCACCGAGCGAUAUGUAUGAGCGGAUCUGGGCUAGCGCCGUGGGCGGUGUACACCAACAGAGACCAGGCCUAUAACCAUACCAAAGAGCUCGGCCGCAAGACGGGCUGCUACACAGACGAGAAGAACCAGAAGCCGCAGGAGAUUAUCGACUGCCUAAACAUCAGAACGUCGAUCGAUAUAUCGGAAGCGGUCGUCGUGCCGGAUUAUGGGAUGCGCCCUCCUUGGGCCCCGGUCGUGCAGGGCUACUACCCUUACGUGUUCUUGCAAGACGACCCAAGAAAGCUUCUGCAACACGGCGCCCUAGUGACCAAGGUUCCAGUGAUGCAGGGAGUGGUGAAGGACGAAGCUGGCGCAUUUCUCUAUGAUUCGGACCCGGAUUAUUCGCUGACCUUGCCAGAAUUUUACUCCACGAUUCGUGAGUUUGUGAAGAAGGAGAAUUACUCACUAGAGGAAAGUGUAGUCACUGCUAUUGGUGACUCAAUGAUAUUCGAGUACACGUUUCACCCGGACGCGGAGAACCUGACCGUCGUGCGACAGGAGAUGAUAAACUUGCUGUCAGAUCACCAGUUUAAUGCUCCCAACGAGCUAUCUGCCAAAUACCACGCCCAGCACGGAUUGGAUGUGUUCGAAUACACAUUCGAUUACAGAGCCGACUUUAGUAGAUACCCAAACUGGACGGGUGUGCCCCACGGAAUAGAGUUAAACUACGUGUUUGGGAUGCCGUUUCUGUUACAAGUCUAUCCCGAAUGGGAAGACUACGGCAUGACCAACUACACACUCGAUGACAGGAACGUCAGUGAUUUCAUGAUGAAUAUGUGGAUUAACUUUGCCAAUUAUGGGGAACCGGUGCCGGACGCAUACAGCAACUUCCCGUACCUGUUCAAGAACGUCUCGCGCUGGUACAAGUACACGACCGAUCGGCGCUUCUACCUGCAGAUCAACUACACCUGCGAACACCUGGAGGAUUACCUGCCGCAUCGGUGCGCCUACUGGAACGACUACAUUCCCGUCGCUUCCAAGAUGGACCUGGUCACAGUGACACCGACGUAUCACGGACUUAACCAGCAGCAGGCGAACGCAUACAUUGCGGCGACUUACUCGCUGGGAGCAGCAGCCUUCAUCAUGAUACUGGCUCUAUUCGUCGUCUGCUUCUUAUCGGCGAAAAAAACGGACGAUGGCACCGAAUUCGACUGAGCUGAGUUAAAUCUGGGCAGUGGGCGCAGCGUGAUGCGGUCUUCUGCUUGUACCAUUGUAUUGCCUGUCACCAUUAUAACCGCCUCCAGUAACCGAUAGAAAAUUUUCUCUCAAUAUUUCUUGUAGUUUUUUUUCUCUCUGAGCGUGGUAGAAAGUAUCGCGCAAUAUUCAGAGGGAAAGCAUUAAACAGCAUGAAAUUUCCAUUUACUUGAUUAGUCAUAGUGUGAAGUUGUAAUGUCAUAGACGUUUUAAUUCUCUGCCGUCAUCUGUGUGGCCGCAAAAUUCAGUAGAUUUGAACUGUUGUACUAACCCAUCCGGCACUAAUGUUCGAUCUGUAAAUAAAUCAGUUAUUGCCAAUGAUGCAGCGUUUAACAAUAUGAGGGAUUUUAUUGAUGAUUGUGUUUUUAUAGCAUCAUUAAAUUAUAGAAGAGAAGUCGAGUUACGUCUACUGCCCAGACUUUUUCUUUCGUAGUCAAUAUAAUUAUAUAUAUAUAUAUAUAUAUAUAUAUAUAUAUAUAUACGGUUUUAAAUAGAAAGGGUACACCACGGAUGUGGUUUAGAAUAAUUUUAAAACUGUUUGCUGCCCAAACUGUAUACACAUUUCGGCAGCUCAUUGUAAAUAUACACACUUGUAGUUUUUUAUGACCAGAUAUUUUUAGACUUCAUCGUAUGCAUUAUUCAACAGGCCAACCUGUUAACGUUGAUGAUUUGAUUGGAUAAUGUAAUCAAGAAAUCGUUUGAUUUACGUAAACGCGUUUGCUGAAUCUUUAUAAUUGAUGUUCUUUAUGAAGACAGUAGAACUAUUGUGGUUACCUUUAGAACUAUAUUGAUAUUGUGAUUUUUAAACAUAUUAAUCAAUUAUCUAAAUUGCGUCAUCCACGACAUGUAAAGAAUUGGAUGUAACGUGCGGAAUUGAUUUGUUACUCAAUUAAUUGUUAUUCACAACAAUCACUGUAAUCUUCAUUAAUGUGUUAAGUGCGGCAGCACAAAUCGAACAUUAUGUGUGUUACAAAUGAAGAUGUUUAUGACUUUCAAUCGUACAGAAUUUAAAAAAGGUCAUAUUCACAUUUAAUCGCGUUUGUGACGCAAACAAGGUUUGCCACGGUCUGUAUUGAUUUGUGUGUAAAUGGAUUUAUCAGGAGAUUAUGGUUACAGAUCAGCGAUUGUGCGAUCCUACAUACUAGUAAUUAGAUGGUUUUACACAAGUGAUUUAUAAUUUCAUAAAAAAAAUGCGGAAAUCAACUAGCAAUGCCACCAGUAACAUGAAAUGUUGUAACUUGUUGAUAUGCGGACGACUAGUUGAAACGUCGUGACGUACCAUAUGUAAAUUAUCGUUAACGAAUAAAUGCUGAUUUUAUAUAUAAUUACUGA